CUGUAAAUUAGUCCACCUAGACAACCCCAAAAAUAGCAAAAUGUCUGAUAAGCAACUGCAUCUAUUCGCAUUCAUGCGGCCCGUCAGUCUUCACACUGGCGCAUGGCGCUACCCAGGAGCAUACGCAGACGCAAACUUCAACAUAUCCCACCUCAGAUCCUUUAUCCAAAAGCUAGAAGCCGCCAAAUUCGACGCCUUCUUCAUGGCUGACCACCUCGCCGUCCUAAACAUGCCCAUAGAGGCUCUCCGACGCAGCCAGACCGUCACCUCCUUUGAACCCUUUACGCUGCUGGCAUCUCUCUCGGCAGUCACAGACAAGAUUGGUCUCGCCGCCACUGCGUCCACAACAUACGACGAGCCCUACCACGUUGCGCGGCGUUUCGCCUCUCUCGACCAUCUCAGCGGCGGUCGUGCGGCCUGGAACAUUGUCACCACGUCCAACCCCGACGCCGCCAAGAACUUUGGCCGAGACGAGCACAUGGACCACUCAGACCGGUAUAAGCGCGCCAAGGAGUUUUACGACGUCGUGACCGGGCUAUGGGAUAGUUUUGCAGACGACGCCUUCAUCCGGAACCAGGAGACUGGCAUAUUCCUGGACCCGGAGAAGAUUCACACUCUCAACCACGUGGGCGACGAGCUCAAGAUCAAGGGCCCGUUGAAUAUUGCCCGGCCUGUCCAGGGAUGGCCUGUGAUUGUGCAAGCCGGACAGUCUGAGCCGGGGCGACAGUUGGCCGGCGAAACAGCCGAAGCAGUCUUUGCCGCACCAGGCAACAUCGAAGCAGCAAAGUCGGUAUACGCAGACAUCAAGAGCCGUGCAGUCGCCGCCGGUAGAAAGCGGGAGCACAUCAACAUUCUCCCAGCCGCCAUGGUAAUCAUUGGCGAUACCGUCCAAGAAGCCAAAGAGAAGCGACUCAAGCUCGACAGCCUCGUCAACUAUGAGAGCGCCAUUGCCAGCCUGUCCAUUGCCCUCGGAACGGAUGCUUCCAAGUUCGACCCAGACGCGCCUCUGCCCGCUGACCUAGGCGACAACAACGCCAGCAAAACAGGCCGAGACAACGUCGUGAGGGUGGCGCAGGAGGAAGGACUGACUGUGCGGCAACUGGCCCAGCGGUUUGGAGGAUACGGCGGCUUGGCCUUUGUAGGCACGCCGGAGAGCGUUGCCGACGAGUGGGAGAAGUGGCUCAAGGAAGAGGCGUCUGACGGCUUCGUCGUGACGUUUCCGUUUCUGCCGCAGGGAAUCGACGAUGUGGUGGAGAAACUGGUGCCGGAGCUGCAGCGCCGGGGCAUCUUCCGGAAGGAGUAUCAAGGGAAUACUCUGCGUGAGCAUCUGGGGUUGCCGAGGCCGGAGAAUAGGUUCUUUCCUGCGAAUGCUUAAUCAUUCAUGUAUUGAUGGCAUGUAAGAUAGUAUUGCAAACACGUCCAUGUAUUAUUGCUUAGCUACUCAAAAUACUAGACUAGUAUGGACUGACGAAGCUGGAUAUAUACAACGCUUCCCAUCAAUCUGUCAUUCAUACGCAUUAAGUCAUUUCAUCAUGCUGCAAGUCUAUGCCUUGGGCAAGACCCAGCUGGUCACAGACAGCGCCGGCACACGCGCAUUCCACGUCUGGCUCUCAGACUCGGUGCCCACCUGGACCCAAAUGUCCUUGUUGUAGCGGUUCUGGAUGACAACCGUGCGGGUGCCGUCCGGGUUCAGCGUGCCCACGGCCUCCAUGCCCGUGUUGUCGUCAAACAGGUAGCUGCCCGUGCCGUCAACGACGACGGCGCCCUUGGGGAUGUACUUGCUGAACUGGCCCAUCAUGUAGUAGUCAAUCUCCUUCUUGUAGCUGCUGCCGUCCGGGCUGACGGUGACGAGCCCCGUGCACUGGUGGCAGUUGCCGCCGCCGGAGAGGGCCGGGCCGCCGCCGGUGUAGGAGCCGAGCGUCCAGGCAAUGACGCCGUUGGCCCAGUUCUGCAGCGGGAACAUGUUGAAGCUGGAGCUGUGGAUCCAGUCCGUGGUGCCGACGGCGGUCCAGCACUCGGUCAUGUACUGCUCCUUGCCGGGGAACUCGUUGUGGAACUGCGUCAGGGGCGUCCAGUUGCUGGGGUUGUUGCCGGCGUAGCAGUGCCACGCGGCGGCCUGGACGUACUGGCUGGCCAUGUUCAUGACGGUCUGGGGGUAGGAGUAGACGUC